CCAAGCUGAGCUGAUCACGACAAGCACUAGGAUCAGCCCCCCGAGCUAGCGACCACCAUGGCCAAGCUCGCCGCCGUCCUGACUCUCAUCGCCCUGCUCGCCUGCACGGCGCGUACCUGCCAAGCAGGCUACGGGUAUCCCAACCCGGUCCCGUCCACAGGUAGCCCUCCGCCGCCAUACGCCCCUAGCACACCUAGUCCUCCGCCGCCCACACAUGCAACACCUAGUCCACCACCGCCAUACACCCCGAGCACACCUAGCCCUCCACCGCCCACCCCAGCUACCCCAAGUCCUCCACCGCCAUACACCCCAAGCACGCCUAGUCCUCCACCACCCACCCCAGCUACCCCAAGUCCUCCGCCGCCAUACACUCCGACCACCCCUAGCCCACCACCGCCCACCCCUAGCCCACCUACCAAAGGACUCGCGGUCGGCUACUACAAGAAGUCAUGUCCUCGUGCUGAAGACAUCGUGAGGAAAGUUGUGAGCGACGCCAAUGCCGGUAUCAUGGCUGGACUCAUCCGUCUCUUCUUCCACGAUUGCUUCGUCAGGGGUUGUGAUGCCUCCGUGCUUCUCGAUCAAGUGGACCCCAAUAGCCCAACAGAGAAGUUUGGCAUCCCGAACCUGAGCUUGCGUGGCUUCGAGGUGAUCGAUGCCGCCAAGGACAGAAUCGAGAAGGAGUGUGGGAGCGACGUCGUCUCAUGCGCUGAUGUUGUGGCUUUCGCUGGGCGUGAUGCCACCUACUUCCUCAGCAACAAGAAGGUCUACUUCGACAUGCCAGCUGGCCGUUACGAUGGACUUGUUUCCUUCAGUAAUGAGACACUCCCCAACUUGCCACCACCCUUCGCCACUGUAGACCAGCUCAAGGCCAACUUCGCCUCUAAGGGGCUGACUGCCGACGAGAUGGUCACCCUCUCUGGUGCACACACCAUCGGAAUCUCCCAUUGCUCGUCCUUCAACUCAUCCUUCUCCGACCGCCUCAACCCAAGAACCUCCGACAUGGACCCCACGCUAAUGAGCUCUCUUCGGGAGCAAUGCAAGUCAGACACAGGAAGUGACAACACGGUGGUGCAGGACAUCAAGACACCUAACAAGGUCGAUAACAAGUACUACAAGAAUGUGCUUAGCCACGAGGUGCUCUUUGAUUCAGAUGCCGCGCUCAUGAAAGCAAAUGAUACAAGUGCAGCGGUGCGUGCUAAUGCCAAGGACAACGGUGUGUGGGAGGAGAAGUUCAAGGCAGCGAUGGUAAGGAUGGGCGCUAUCGACGUCAAGACCAAUGUCAAUGGUGAGAUCAGAAGGAAAUGUCGCGUCGUCAACUCGCACUAAACCUAUUGACCCAUUCACGCCAUCACAUGGUUUUAACGCUUGAGAUUGAGAAUAAGCUCACGAUUUAUUCGUAUGUCCAUUGAUGUUUAUUUUGUUUACCUCUUGUAAUGUUGUUUCUAAAUUUGUUUUUCCCUCUUGGUGUAUUUAUUCUUUCAUUUUAUUGUA